AUAAAUGUUCCUCUAUUGAAGAUGUGUAUUUUACCUAUACAGAUGUGGAGAAGAUACUGUGAAUUUAAGAUGGCAUACCAUGGAGCAGUUGCCCUUUUAUACCAAGGAAUGCAAGCAGAGGAACAACAGAAAAUGGGAGAGAGGGUUGCCUACUACCAAGCAGCUGUUGACAUGCUAAAGGAAGCCUCCAAAUUGGCCAAGAACUUAGAUCAGCAGGAG